AUGCUGAAUGCCAUCACCCUUGGCUUGCAGGCCGACUUAAGUGGAGAUCCGUGGGAUCUGAUUUGGCUGGUGUGCGAGAACAUGUUCACGGCGAUCUUCACAGUUGAGUUGGUGUUGAAGCUCUACUUUCUCGGGAUUGGAUUUUUCUAUUCGAUCGAGAGUCGUACCAUUCAAUUCUGGAAUUUGCUGGAUCUUGUGAUCGUUCUCCUUGCCAUUGUGGACUGUUGGGUCCUGACGUUUUUUCCUGAGGUGGACACGCAGCUUAUUCGAGUCAUGCAGCUGCUUCGCAUUAUGAGGAUCGCAAAGCUUCUGCGGCUUCGACGGGAGCUAGUCGCUAUCAUCGAGGGACUCUUCUGCUCUCUGCAGUGUAUGGUCUGGAUCGGCUUCCUCCUCUUGAUCGUCAUCUAUGCAUUUGGCAUUUUUUGCCGAAACGUUCUCGGCAACCUGUCAAACAGCCACUACGAAGAUCGCAUUGACAACGAGAUGUACUUUGGGUCGCUUCCAAGAACAAUGCUCACGCUGUUCAACGUUUGCCUCAUCGAUGGAUGGUCAACAGUGGUUUGGCCGCAGAUGCUCUUCAAUCCGUUGAUGGUGGUGCCCAUGAUGGUUUUCCUCUGCGUCACCUGCUUUGGGCUCAUGAAUGCCCUUAUCGGCGUCAUCGUGGAGCGCACGACUGCAGCGCACCAGAACAUGAAUACCAUCCAAGAGGAGGUUCUUAGAGAGAGCAAGAUGCGCAUGGUGGCCCAGCUCCUCGACAUUAUAGACUCCUCAGACGAGGACGACAGCGGCACCAUCAACCUGGAGGAGUUUCGGCAGGUCCAGCACCAGCGGUAUGCCGAAGAAAUUUUUGCGGCGCUGAACCUGCCGCCGGGGUUCGAUGCCGCAGACCUAUUUGGACUGUUGGAUGCCGAUGGCAACGGCGUGCUGGAUCGCUACGAAUUCUUGAUCGGGAUUUGCCGCUUGAUUUGGUGUGAUGAGUUCCAAAGCCAAUGCUUGUUGAACUACGGCAUGGCCAAGGUUCGGCAGGACCUUCGAAACCUUCACAAAGAUGUGCGAGAGGUUUUGGAGGUGCACCGAGGUUCCGGGCAAGCCCCCGGCUUUCAGGAUCGGAACAAGCGGGAUCUGGAAAUGGCAGAUAUGCACAAAUCCAUCGCUGAAAGCUUGCAAACCGCCUGCCAGGACAUUCUGCAGAAACACAUGGAGCAGUAUUGCCAAGGUGUGCAGAGGCAUUCUGCCCAGAAGGAUGUUGCUCCUUCUCGGCAAGGCAAGGCGACGGACAACGAGCAUACCGAUGAUGAGGUCAGUCUACUUGACUAUUGCAUGAUUGCGGAGACCAUGCAGCCGGCCAGAGUUUCGCGUCCAGGCGGUGAAAGCUUGUCCUGGCCAGCUUCAAGCAGCUCGAAACGGGAAGUGCCGUGCGGUACCGUGGAGGACACCAGUGCCUCGGUCCAGGGGGGCAGUGACAUACUGUUGCAGCUGCCACGUGCAGCAACGGAGGCCCUUGAGACCCACCUCGAGGAGCUGACUGUGCGCACAGCGGCGCAAAGGAUCACGCUCAACGCUGCGGGCCAUCUCUUCGUCGAGGGGGCCCAGGCAUCAGAACAAGGCGUGAAGCACAUCGUCCAAGAGAUUCUGCAAGGCCCCGACGAGGCGAAGGCACUGCUGAACAAUCCAAGACCGGCCACAGCAGCAAAGAAGAGGCGCCGGCGCCGGCGCCAAAACGAUCAGCCGGCCGAAGAAAGCCCUCCAUCGCCGCCGCCUGCACCACCAAGCCCCAUAGCAGCUGAAGCAGGCGAGGUCCGCGUCUUCAUCGACGAGGCCUUGGCUCCAGCGCCACGAGGCCAAGGAGGCUGA